AUGUUUCCGUUGUCGUUGGCGCUUGGAGUCACUACCGCUGCUGGCCCGCUCGUCGCUCGUGGGUCGCCACUCCAAGGUCUGGCCGCUCGAAUCCGCCACUUCCUUGCUGUCGCUCGCCGUCGUCGCUGCAAUGUCGCCUCACGCCGGUCGGUCUGCAGUGGUCUAGAGGAUUGCCGGCUGCCGCAUGGGAAAAUGAGAGACCAUCACCGGGUCUCCGCCUCCACCGUCGAUUCCGACCAUGCAACCGCACUCUCGCAAAUCGAGUCCACAAUCAAAUCACUCGAGCGCCACCUACCCGCUCAUCCCUUGCCGGGCUCAUUCUCCGCAGAUCUUCGACGACACCUAGCUCACCUGAGCCAAUUCGCUCCUUUCCCCAACUCCACCAAACUUCUCGUCUGGAAACUGAGCUACCGCCUUUGGAACACGUGCGUCGACAUCUCCAAUGCCUCCGCAGCGAAAAUAUCCGAGGAACAUGGCAGGCUCCGGCAAGUCGCCGCUGAUCUGCUAUUUCUCACCGCUGAUGUGGCUGGGAUUCCUUCUCCGGCGUCCAAGGCCGCUCUGUUCUACUACAAAACCGGGCUGAUCUGGUAUGACCUGAAGAAAUUGGAUUUAGCUAACAAUUGCUUCGAGAAAGCCACCGAUCUAGUAUCAAAUAUUGAGAUUCACUCGAUUUCUGAUGACGAUGAGAGGAAGUUUCUCUUAGAUCUCAACCUGGCCCGGUCUAGAGCUGCCUGGGAAGUUUCGGAUUUGAAUCUGGCCAUUGCACUGUUAAACAGGUCAAAACAUGUAUUGUUUGGAGUCUCGAUGAACUAUAACACCUUAGCUAAUCAGUACUUGGCGUUCGGAAAGGCUUUACUAUCAUCAAGUGAGGUUUCCUCUGUGAACGAGGCCUUGAAAUUGAUGAACGAUGCUCUGGAAUUAUGUGAGAAGGGCCUGAAGGUAGUGAAAAAGACUGACGAGACUUUGAACUUGAAGGAGCUAAGGUUGAAGACCUUGAGAUUCAUAGCAGCCGCGCACUUGCAGAGCGAUGACUUUGAGAGCGUGCUGAAAUGUGUGAAGGUUUUGAGGGAGGUUGGGAGUGGUGGGGACCACCACCCGAGCUUGAGCGUGCUUGCGAUGAAAGCGUGGUUGGGGUUGGGAAGGUAUGGGGAGGCGGAGAAGGAGUUGAGGGGGAUGGUUUUGAGCAAAGGGAUACCAGAAGGUGUUUGGGUGUCGGCUGUGGAGUCGUAUUUCCUCGCAGCAGGCGCAGCAGGGGCAGAGACCGUCAAAGGAGUGUUUCUGGGGCUUUUCGAGCGUUGUCAUGUUAGUGCCGGUGCAGCUAUUAGGGUGGUCAAUAGGGUGAUUGGGAAUGGGUUGAGCAACGAUGAGGGGAAGGUCCGAGCCAAUGUGGUUAGUGAAUUGGUUUCGGAUGAGAGGGUGAUAGCGCUUUUCAACAGAGAAGGUGCCGCCAAGGAGAGGACCACUAUGCAUGCUCUUCUUUGGAACUGCGCCACAGAAUAUUUUCGAGAAAAAGAUUACCUGCUAAGUGCUGAGAUGUUUGAAAAAUCUAUGUUAUAUGUACCUCAUGGAGUAGAGAAUAGAAUCCUCAGAUCUAAGGGAUAUCGAGUUCUUUGCCUCUGCUACCUAGGCUUGUUGCAGCUCGACAGAGCUGAAGAAUAUAUCAAUGAGGCUGAAAAGUUUAAGAUCUUCUUGCAAAAGAAGGACUAUAAUAGUGCUAUUGCUCAGAUGAAAGCAAUGCCAAGCUGUCUUGAUUUCACCAUGGAUUUCAUUUCCCUCUCGGCCCAUGAAGCUCUCGCAUGCUCUUGUCUUCCAGUUGCAGUUGCCUCUCUUUCCCAACUCUUGAAUUUCUAUUCUUCUGGGAAACCUAUGCCAACUAGUGAGGCUGUAAUAUUUCGCACAUUAGUCUCCAUUCUGAGCCAAGACCCGGCAAACGACGCCGAUGUUCUCGAACACAUGAAACGAGCUCACGCGCGACAAGCCGAGGUUGGAACUGACCUCUUUUUCGGGAAAUGUGAGGUUGGGAGAAGGGAAAAGAAUUGGUUCGCAGGGAAUUCUUGGAAUUUCGGAGUAAGAACUGGGCAGGCGAAAAACUACGCAUUAUCCGCUGAGUUCUUCAAAUUAGCAUCGGACUUUUAUGGAGUUCUAGGCAACGGGGAAAGCGAGGAGAACGAUACAAUGAUCUGCAAAUCAAUCAUACUCUCUGUAUCUGCACUUAUUGCUGAUGAGAAGCAUGUGAAUGGUACAUUGCUUGAACCUGAAGUUACACAAGCCAUGGAGCUGUUAGGGACAGCAGGAAAGAUGCUGUUUUCAAGUGCCGGAAAAAAUGAUGAACUGGCCGAGGCCGUUGAGCCUAACUUCCACUUCAUAUACAUGUGUACCGCCUUCGACCUCUACUCCAGGCUAAGUGACACGGCUUCCCAACAGCUCCAGCUUGUGAAAAGAUUUGCUGCCUCAAAAUCUUGCAGACCAAGACAUUUGCUUCAGAUUGGGCUAGAUGCCUCGCGGGGCCCACGGCCGAACCAUGAAGUAGCUUCCUUUGCCCUGAAUGCCUGCCUCACAUCCUUUCUUGCUUCCCCUUCUCCCGAUUACCAAAUGGUGGCUCUUGCACUCAGGAAGCUGAUUCUUACAGUAACCGUCCACAAGGGAGGCCCGGACGAUGACUCAAUCACUGAUAUGUACAGGCACGCGUACCGAAUCAUGGUCGGGCUCAAGGAGGGAGAGUACCCAAUUGAGGAGGCCAAGUGGUUAGCCACGUCAGCAUGGAAUCGUGCGGCAGUCCCUGUGAAGAUGGGAAAAAUAGAGACUGCGAAGAAGUGGAUGAGCAUUGGUUUGGAGUUGGCUGUAAAAGUCCCCGGGAUGAAUACGUACAGGUCGUGCAUGGAGGACUAUGUGGCGGGGUUCGAGAGGAAAAUCAGCAGCAGGGGCAGUGGUGAAAGCAGGACUUUGGCUGUGUCUUGA